AUGAAUACAAGUGUAGACAGCAUUGUUGGAACGCAGCAGAAAAAGGGUGCAUUUUGGGGGAGAGUGAUGGAAAAAUUUGAGGCAGCUAGAGAAGCCAACCCUCAUGAAAUUCAAUUCCGCACUAUGGGCAGUAUGAAGGGCCAAUGGUUCAGAAUGUUUGAAGCGGUGCAAAAGUGGUGUGCAUGGUAUGACAAGGCAGAGGCAAGAAAGAGGAGUGGCCAAAAUGAUGAUGAUGUGAUCUCUGAAACUCAUAAGAUAUUUAAAAGCACGGGAGGUAAAUUUCACUUCUAUGAUGAAUGGAUUUUGAUAAGGAAGUUCGAUAAGUACCGUUCCAUAUUAAGUGACCCUUGUUACAAGAUAACACGUGGACAUCCAUCGAAUACGCCUCAAAUGUCUAAUUCUGUUGGUUCUGUAAGUAGUGGAAAGAGAACAAGGUCUGAAGAUGGAGGCUCCAAGGAAAGGAUAGUAAAAUGA